AUGGCAUCAGAUGGUGAGACAGUAUUGAAAUCAGUCGUCACCGAUAAAUACGUGCGACCCAUUCAGAAUGCACGUCUCUCACCCGACGGAAAGGGUGACCCGAUAAUGCACCUUGAGAAGGCAACAAAUACUCCUGCGACGUACCACAUAAAAUGUCAUGAAACCAAGAAAUACUGGCAAGUGAAAUCGGGGAGUGACCCAUGGAUUACUGCUGAUGCUGACGAAACUAACGAAAGCCAAAGAAGUUCGGCAUGUACUUUGUUCCACAUCGACUUCUUCGCUGCUACUCCUGCUACUACUACUCCUGCUGGUAAAACAGUCCGACUUCGCCACGAGUAUCUCCAAACCUAUGUAAGCCUUUGCCAGGUUGGCGACGGUUACUGCUUACGCGCAUCAUCUAAAGACACAUCCAACGACUCCAAGGAUGUCUUUGUCUGUGAGAAAGUCAAAUAA